GGCGCGGCCAUGGCGCCGGGCAGGGAGCGCUCGCCGCACGGCGAGGGCUGCGCGGGGCCCCGCGGCGACCGGAGGACGAGGAAGCCGCUGGUGGAGAAGAAGCGUCGGGCGCGCAUCAACGAGAGCCUGCGGGAGCUGCGGCUGCUGCUGGCCGACAGCGAGUUUCAGGCGAAGCUGGAGAACGCGGAGGUGCUGGAGCGGACGGUCCGGGGGGCGGGGGGCGCCCGGCCCGGCCCGCGGGGCGGGCGGCGGCUCCUGGAGGCCAGCGAGCGCUUCGCCGCCGGCUACAUCCAGUGCAUGCACGAGGUGCACACCUUCGUCUCCAGCUGCCCCGGCAUCGACGCCACCACGGCCGCCGAGCUGCUCAACCACCUGCUGGAGUCCAUGCCCCUCAGCGAGGGCGGCUGCCCGGACUCGGUCACGGACGUUGUGGCGGAGCCGGCGCUCGGCCCCUGGCCCGCCGGAGCCCGCCCGGGCCCGGCCCUGCCCGCCCCCAGCGAAGAGAGCUGCUCCGAGUCGGACGAGGCGGAGGCCGGGCCGGGCCAGACCCCCACGGACGGACUGGACGCGCCCCAGACGCGGGGCCGGCCCUCGCCCGGCUCGCCCAAAUCCAUGUGGAGACCCUGGUAA